GCAGGUUGGACAUAAAGUGACAGACUUCACCUCCUAAAAUUGGAAGAAAAACCGAAGGACGACGCGUUACAAGUUUUAAAACAAUUGUAAUGAUUUUCAGACAUGGACGACAUAAACCUUCAUUAUCGCUUUCUGAACUGGAGGAGGCGAAUUCGAGAAAUUCGUGAAGUACGCGCAGUGAGAUACCGGGAGCGGCUCAAAAGGAUGCUAAGAGAAGGAGACAUACUCAGGUAUCAUGGGAAUUCAGAUGAAGUUGGCUGUUUUGUUGCAGCCAGGCCAUUGUCGAGAAGAAAUCGCUACUUUGAAGUGACCAUCAUCGAUACAGGAGUGAGGGGAAUGAUUGCUGUUGGUUUGGUACCUCAGCUCUACAAGCUGGACCAUCAGCCCGGCUGGCUCCCGCACUCUGUGGCUUUUCAUGCCGAUGAUGGCAAGCUGUAUAAUGGGAACACUGUAGGACAGCAGCUUGGUCCGAAAUGCUGCAGAGGUGACAGAAUCGGCUGUGGAGUUUCUCUGGACUCUGAUGAUGGACAGCUAACUGUGUUUUUUACCAAGAAUGGCAAAGAAGUCGGCAGUGUGGACAUCCUAGCAUCUCCCGAUGCUCUCUUCCCCGCAGUGGGAAUGCACUCUUUGGGAGAAGAAGUGCUGCUGGACCUGAACGCUGAAUGGGGGAUGGAGGAGGACGAUGGACAGAUGAUUGUGGAUAGUCAUGAGGAGGACUGGGGCCGUCUCCAUGACAUCAAGGUGACUGGCACGCUGCUGGAGUACGUGGGUAAAGGGAAGAGCAUCGUGGACGUGGGCUUGGCUCAGGCCCGCCGGCCUCUCAACACACGCUUCCACUACUAUGAACUGGAGAUCACAGAUGCUGGAGAGAAGUGUUACAUUGCCCUGGGGCUGGCACGGAGGGACUACCCCAAAAACAGACAUCCGGGUUGGAGCAGAGGGUCUAUAGCCUAUCAUGCAGAUGAUGGAAAGUUGUUCCAGGGCAGCGGGGUCGGGGAAGCCUUUGGACCGCGCUGCUUUGAAGGGGACAUCAUGGGCUGCGGGAUCAUGUUUCCACGUGACUACAGCCUUGAUGGUGGAGAGGACGUAGAUGACUGGGACCUCGAUGUGGUUCCCAAACCCAGUGAGGUUCAGAAUGACUUGUAUGCAAACAAUGAAGAUGAGGACGAUGAGGGAGACAAUUUGGAAGGGAGGAAGGUCACGGUGAGAUGCUGUAAAAAUUCUUGGAAUAUAAAAGCAGGGAGUCUUACUUCCUUCCUUCCUGCAUACGUUGUCUUCUUGUUGUCCCUCUUUGUGUUUGAGCAGGUGUUCUUCACCAGGAAUGGAAAGGUUGUGGGCCGGAGGGAAGUGGCCUUACCUGUAGGAGGCGUGUACCCCACGAUUGGCAUGAUGAGCUCUGGGGAGAAGGUCAGAGUGGACCUGCACCCCCUUAGUGGCUGAGCAGAGUGAAAACAUCAGAGAACGGAGGAAUGAUUGAGCUCUGCUACAUCUUUGGAGAUCAGAUAAUAAAUAAUACCUCGACAUCAACAAGCUCCAAGAUGUUACUUGAAAAGUCACUCCAGUGUAGAAGAGGACUGAGGCUCGAGCUGUAAGAAUGAUGAAAUUAAUGUAUGUUAGUAUAACAUGCGUGCCUCAGAGAAGUGCUUUAUAAUUAAAUGGUUUGUAAGAAAAGCAUUUAAUCGGAGGUUUGUAAAGGAUACAAAAACAAAAAAGGGUCUCACCAGAAUAAUGAAUGUAAAAAUGUAAUCAGAGCCGACGACAGCCUACACAUGCAUCAGCAGUAAAUAUGUAGCACCCCUUAGACAGCCUGCUGCUACUCAUUGCUGGAGGUCCACUGUGCGCCUCCCGAUGGAGGGUGUGCUACUGACACUCAGUGGUGAGAGUGGUAAGCUGAGCAAUGAUGCUCAGAAAACCCUCCAAAAAGAAGUAGCGCACUAAAUGAGCCAUGAGUUACUCUGUGAAGAAAUGUCAGUCAAACGAGCUGCUUCCCGAGUGUCGUUCCAAGUAUGAGUGUUUGGUUUGUCCAAGCCACAUGCAUUAGGAAUUAUGGGAUGGUUAAGUGUAAGAACAACUUUUAAGGUUACAUCGAAAACAUUUUAUUGUUAUGUGGGAGUAAGAUGUUUUAAAAAGCAAACUUACAAAUUAAGUAUUUUUUAUUUUUGUUUAUGACUAGCUGUUGCCUUUUUUUAUUCAGGUAUGAUUUUGACCAAAUUGUAGAAAAAAACCCGUGCAGGUCAGUCACUCCAAAGCUUUUUGGAGAAACAUCUGUCUCUAAAAUAUGCAACAUGUAAACCAAAAUCAUGCUAUAGGAAGAACCUCUUGAUAUCACGAUAUAGAGAUAUUUAGUGUAGAUUGUUUGUAUAAAUAACUACAUUUAUAUACAAUAAACAUGUUCUGCAAACACAUAUUUAAAAAAAGACACAUUUGAAGUCAUGAUAUUGACUAUUUUCUGUAGACCAUAGGGUCGAAAAACCAAGAAUAGCAAUUUAAAGCCUGAGUCUAGAAGGAAAAGACUAAUUAAGAACAUAACAUGGUAAAGGAGUAUAUUUUAUCCAGUUCAACAUUUACAUUUCUUGAAAUUGAAGCCAUACUGUAACUAAUAGUUGCUGCUCUCAGGUGUAUUGGAAAAUCCAAAUUAAGUGCCUUGUCUUUUCUAUGGUUAUAUUUGUAAUUUUGCUGUUUGUUAAAGUCAGCUAACAAAUGCUAAAAUCCUGUAAUGCAUUUUUUCAAAUGUUUUAUUUGUUUGGUCAGAAUUAAUCAAUGUUUUUGACAAUGAAUACUGUUAAAGUUGAAUCCCCCUGACUCCAAUGUAAAUAGUAAAUGUAAUUUUUGUAUUUUACACAAAACACCUACCUUUUUACAACAAAAUGUGUAGAGCUAAAGGAGGUGCUUCUGGUAUCAAUUCCCAUUCAUAGGAGGUUUCUCUGCAGAUUUAUGUGAUGCUAGUUUUGAUUUGCUCAUACAAAUACAAUCAUAUAGGCUGUUAAUUGUUACUUCAACUUUUAGAGGAUUUAUUUUCUGUUUGUUAACAUAUAGUUUCCAUUUUGUGUUAAAUCUGACAUGAAGAGAUGUAAAAACUUCUUCGAGCUUUACAACCAGCCUGCUGUUAAACAUUUGACCUCAUAAACAAAGUGCCUGUGGGUCCAGGUGGACAAGGAUUAAAUAAUCCAUGUCGGUUUUGGAACGUUGGUUCAUUUUGACGCUCACGUUUCUGGAACCACAUUCCCACUGAAAACCUUCUUCUACACCUCCUUCUAAAGGUGCCACAUGUCUUUGAACUCUGCAGGUCACCUUAUUGGAUUCAUGCUGGAGUCUGAAUCUUGCUUGGUAAUUCAAUUGAAUAAUUGCCUCCGUUAAGUGCCGACCUGGUCAGCAAAAAAAUGUAAAGACUGGUAUUCAUGUUGCUCAACUGCUGCUAAUCUUGUGCUGAGGAAACACUGCACAUCAUGUCAGCCUGUACUGUAAACUGGAUGUACUGAAGUUUGUUUCUUUCACUUUUCACCGUCCAGUUUCAUGUUUUUGCCACACGCUUUUAAUAUGUCUCCCGCUUGUAUCUUUAGUGUAAUUAAUUAUGAAGGAAGUCUUUCUCAAUCCAGCCCUUGUGUAGAUCUGAUGUUGUUGUCUCUUUUCAUUUGAAUCAUUCAGGUUAAAAUGCCAAAGAUUAUUUAAAAAAUAAAGAAUAUUUACACCCUG